UUUAGUUGUGACAGUGGUGGAGUGCAAGUGACAUUAAAAAGAAACAACUUUGGGAAAAGGUAAAAAGGAGUAGACUUUCUCUCAAAUGAUAAAUCUCUUUCGGUUCCCGAGUCCAAAUCCAAAGAAAAUAUUCCCCACCUUUCCUCACCAUCACAUUCUUCCCUCACAGAUUCCCCCAAAUCAACCAAAUUCACUCGUUCCAUAUCUCCAAUCUAUCUCUCUGUUCUCUUUUGUUUUGUUUUCUUCACUUUCUGCAUCAAACAUCUUCCGCUGUCUGGCAUAACUGAAUCCUUGCCGGGAAAAAUGAUAUCCCGGCGGCAACCGGGUGCGGAGGACCUGGUCUCCUCUGACAAUCCCAAUGCUUGGAUUUUUGAUGAUUAUGGUUUGUUAGAAGACAUUCCUGUCCCUGGUGGUGAUCUUCCCUCACUUGACCCUUCAGCCCCAAUCUGGUCAUCUCCUUCCCUUACUUGCUCUACUCCUCUCAGUGUUGAAUUCACUGAAUCGUUUGGGAAUUCAGACAAUCUUAAUGAAACAGGCUCCCGAAAACGGAUGAGGUCUGGAUCAUCCAGUGCAUCUGGGUCCAAAGCUUGCAGAGAAAAGAUGCGAAGGGAUAAGCUAAAUGACAGGUUCCUAGAAUUGGGUUCUAUCCUAGAGCCUGGAAGGUCUUCCAAAGUGGACAAGGCUGUAAUAUUAGUUGACGCUGCUCGGAUGGUUACUCAAUUACGGGAUGAGGCCCAGAAACUGAGGGAGUCAAAUGAGAGUCUGCAGGAGAAGAUUAAUGAGCUUAAGGCUGAAAAGAACGAACUUCGUGAUGAGAAGCAGAGGCUAAAGACCGAGAAAGAUAAUCUCGAGCGGCAAGUAAAGGCAUUAGGUUCUCAGCCAGGAUUCAUACCUCAGGCUCCUGCUAUUCCUACUCCAUUUUCUACCUCAAGCCAAGUUGUUGGUGGGAAACUGGUGCCUUUCGUUGGCUAUCCCGGAGUUUCCAUGUGGCAGUUCUUGCCUCCUGCUGCUGUCGAUACAUCACAGGAUCAUAUGCUCCGCCCUCCUGUUGCGUAAGCUGGCAACCUGUUAUUUUGAGGUUGCUUUCCUUAGCAGAAACAACCAUUGUUCAUAAUUGUAUCUGUCAUCUCAUCGGGUGUUGAUCUUUUUGAUCUGCAAUGUUUACUAUUUUACUCCCUUUUGAAAGAGUAUGUGAAGUGAGAACUGAAAGCAAUGUUUGAAACUACAUUGAUUGCUCGGAUAUUCUAACUUUUGUAUCCCUAAAAGUUGGAAAGCAUUGAUUACAUUGCAGUUAAAGCAGUUUUGUGUAACUUGUACGUGUAAUCAAGUGAAACCAGCUUAUUUGCUUUUUUA